GAAGUUCACACCCAGCCCUGCCUCGUAUGACCAAACAGGCACACAGACAUCUCAACAAGCUACUGCAGUUGUAAAAGUCUAGAGGAAGACACCAGCACAAAGAAUACAUUAUAUACCCCCAAUAAGUGUUUCCUGAAAAUGAACAAAUCAUUUACUCUCCUGUAUAUUUACCUGUUCUUCACAAACUGCAACUUCACAUGUGCACAAAGCAAUAUUAAUUGGGAGAUUCAACGAUAUGAUGGCUGGUAUAAUAACCUAGCUGACAAAGACAGAGGAUCUGCAGGAUCAAGACUCCUUCGUCUCCUUCCAGCAAGUUAUUCUGAUGGUGUUUAUCAAGCAAUACAGGAGCCUCACCUUCCAAAUCCAAGACACAUUAGUAAUGUUGCAAUGAAGGGAGAUUCAGGCCAGUCCUCAUACAGAAACCGAACUGUGCUAGGAGUUUUUUUUGGUUACCAUGUUUUUUCAGAAAUCAUUGGCACAGAUAGAAGUGCUUGUCCUGCUGAGUUUUUAAACAUUCAUAUACCAGCAGGGGAUGCUAUAUUUGAUUCAGAUGGCACAGGGCAAGUUGUCCUUCCAUACCAGAGAAGUCACUGGUGUAAGCACAGCGGAAGCAGUCCGAACAAUCCAAGACUCCAGAUAAACUCUGUCACAGCGUGGAUUGAUGGGAGUUCCAUAUAUGGCUCCUCACACUCUUGGAGUGAUGCUUUAAGAAGUUUCUCCAGUGGAAAACUGGCUUCAGGAUCUGAUCCAUUGUUUCCAUUAGAAGCAGAUCACCAGAUUCCUAUGUGGAAAACAGCAGAUCCAUCAACCGGACAGAGAGGAUCCAAGGGCAUUAUGGGUUUUGGCAAUGUUCGGGCGAGUGAGAAUCUAUUCCUACAAGCUGAGAGCAUCGUAUGGUUUCGAUAUCACAAUCAUCUAGCUGAAGAGUUUUUUAAAAAAAAUCCACAGUGGUCUGAUGAAGACUUGUUUCAGCAUUCUAGAAAAUGGGUGACUGCCGUUUAUCAGAACAUUGUUAUAUAUGAAUGGCUUCCUGUACUUCUUCAGAAAACACUUCCAGCUUACAGAGGCUAUAAUCAACAUGUAGAUGCAAGUCUUUCUAAUGAGUUCCACGUUGCUGUUCAAUUCAUGGCAACCCUAGUGCCACCAGGUGUUUAUAAAAGGAAUAAUACAUGUCAUUUUCAGAAAGUGACCAGCUCAGAUGGUGGCAUUUGGCCAGCUCUUCGUUUGUGUGACAACUAUUGGAAACGAGAGAAUAUAAAUGUACAAAACCCCCAGGAUAUUGAUGAAUUGCUUCUUGGGAUGAUUUCCCAGAUUGCAGAAAAAGAAGAUAAUGUUGUUGUUGAAGAUUUAAGAGAUUAUUGGUACGGACCUGUAAUAUAUUCCCGAACAGACUACAUUUCCAGUAGCAUCCAAAGAGGAAGAGAUUUAGGACUGUGUUCCUAUAACCAAGCAAGGGAAUACUUUGGACUUACUCCUAUUAAAAACUGGAAAUACAUCAAUCCACAGCUAUAUGAGAGCAGUAAACAGCUUUUUGAGAAUUUGUCAAAACUAUAUGACAAUGAUAUUAACAAGCUGGAGCUCCUGCCUGGUGUAAUGAUGGAAAGUGACGGGGACCCUGGGGAGCUUCUGACUGCCAUCAUGCUGGACCAGUUCCAGAGAUUAAGGGAUGGAGAUCGAUUUUGGUUUGAAAAUACAAAAAAUGGGUUAUUUUCUUUGGAUGACAUAGAAGCAAUACGGAACACAUCUUUUCAUGAUGUUCUUAUUGCUGUCACAUCUUCAGAGCUUGGUGAUAUUCAGAAAACAGUUUUUACCUGGUCUGAUGGUGAUCCGUGUCCCCAACCAACGCAAAUAUCAUCUGGACAGCUUCCCAACUGCACCCCGUUAACUGUAACUGACUAUUUUGCAGACAGUGUACCUGGAUACAGCAUACUUAUUACAGCAAUAUGCUCAUUUCCUUUAGUCAGCUUUUUCAUUGCAUGGAUUGUUGCUCAGUCUCGAAAAAGAGAUUUUAAAAAAAUACAACAGAAACGGGACAUCAAAAGCUUAAAAAGGGGAAUGUCAGUUGAUGGAGUUUCAGCACAAGAAUGGCGGGGUCCAAAAGAACCUACAUGCAGCGUUUUAAUACAAAUAUACCCACAACAUAUUAUCAAAGUAUUGGAUAUUAGCUGCACAAUAAUUCGCACCAUCAACUUACAGAGUCAAAAUAAAGUCACCAUCAUUCAGUCUAAUAACCAUGGAUGCAAAACCUUGAUGAUUAAGGUGCCAAAAGAAUAUGAUUUGGUGUUAUAUUUUAAUAACGAAGAAGAAAGCAAUGGCUUUAUUAGCCAGUUAAUAGAGAAUGGAAUCUCUAUCAAUAAACAGAAAAUGAAUGAAAAAGCUUUGCUUAAGGAAGCUGUUACAAAAAAGCAGAGAAGUCAAAUUCUUGAGACCUUCUUCAAGCAGUCUUUUUCUCAGGUUCUUCACAUCAGUCAAUCUGACAUUGAAAGUUUCACAUCAGACAGCUGCUUCAAAGUAAAAGAAGCUCUAAAAUGUGAAUUAAGCAGAACUGAAUUUGCUGAAUCGCUGGGAUUGAAACCUCAUUCCAUCUUUGUGGAAUCAAUGUUCUCUCUUGCCGACGAAGAUGGGAAUGGUUACUUGUCAUUUAGAGAAUUCUUAAAUAUACUAAUAAUAUUAAUGAAGGGUUCCGCCGAAGAAAAAUCACAGUUGAUGUUUAAGAUGUAUGAUAUAGAUGGAAAUGGUUUCCUUUCAAAGGAGGAGUUUCGAACAAUGCUAAAAUCUUUUAUUGAAAUUUCAAAUAACUGCAUUUCAAAAGACCAGGCAGACCAAGUCAUUGAAAUAAUGUUUAAAGAUGCAGGAUUCCAAAAUAAAGAGGAGCUAACUUGGGAAGAUUUUCAUUACUUGCUUCGAGACCAUGAUAAGGAACUUCGGUUAACACAACUGCGUUUCAAAGGUAUGGAUGCUCCUGAAGUCAUCAAUGAAAUGUGUAGAAGAGUAUCAUUCGUAGACUGCUUAGAAACAAAAACAAAUGGUUUGACAGAAACACGUUUAUAUACGGAAGCUAAAAAAGAAAAAUACCAAAGAAGCAAAUUUUAUCAAAAAAUUCAAGAAAUCAAGAGAUUUGUUGAAAAUUACCGACGCCAUAUUGUCUGUGUUAUGAUUUUUUAUGGAAUCUGUGUUGGACUGUUUUUUGACAGAGUUUACCAUUAUGCUUUUGAAUCUCAGCACACAGGCAUUGCUGAAGUAUCCUUGCCUGCUAUAAUUGUCUCAAGAGGAUCAGCUGCAAGUAUAUCAUUUAUGUUUUCAUACAUUCUGUUGACUAUGUGCCGAAAUCUCAUCACUUUUCUGAGGGAGACAUUUUUAAAUCAAUAUAUCCCAUUUGAUGCUGCAGUGGAUUUUCACCGUCUCAUUGCAAAAACAGCAAUUAUAUUAACAGUUCUCCAUAGUGUGGGCCACGCCAUCAAUAUUUAUAUGUUCUCCAUAACUCCUCUUAGCACUCUUUCCUGUCUGUUUCCUAAAGUAUUUAUUGAUGAUGGGUCUGAACUGCCACAAAAAUAUUAUUGGUGGUUUUUACAGACAAUACCAGGCUUAACUGGUGUGCUAAUGCUGGCAGUCCUCUCAUUGAUGUAUGUUUUUUCCGCCAAUCAUUUCAGACGCAUCAGUUUUCGUGGGUUUUGGCUGACCCAUCAUUUAUAUAUAGUUUUGUAUAUCCUGAUUAUUAUUCAUGGGAGCUUUGGCUUGCUCCAAGAGCCAACAUUUUAUGUUUAUUUCAUGGUCCCUUUUAUUCUCUUUGUCGGAGAUAGUCUUAUAAGCCUAAGUAGAAAGAAGAGAGAGAUUACUGUGAUUAAAGCUGAACUUCUGCCUUCAGAUGUAACUUAUGUCCAGUUUCAGCGUCCUUUUGAUUUCGAGUAUAAAUCUGGACAGUGGGUAAGGAUAGCUUGCCUGGAUUUAGGGACCAAUGAAUAUCACCCAUUCACAUUAACCUCUGCUCCCCAUGAGGACACACUGAGCUUGCACAUAAGAGCUGCUGGACCAUGGACUACUCGCUUGCGUGAGCUGUACUCCCCACAGAACAUCUCUGAGCUCAGUGGGUAUCCCCAGAUCUACUUGGAUGGGCCUUUUGGAGAAGGUCACCAAGAAUGGAACAAAUAUGAAGUUUCUGUUCUUGUGGGUGGAGGAAUCGGAGUUACCCCUUUUGCAUCUAUUCUAAAAGAUUUAGUUUUCAAGUCAGCUGUCAAUUCUAAGAUAUUGUGCAAAAAGAUAUAUUUUAUAUGGGUAACACGCACACAGCGUCAGUUCGAGUGGUUUGCAGACAUUAUUCGAGAAGUAGAAGAAAAUGAUAGGAGUGAUUUGGUGUCAGUUCACAUCUAUAUAACACAACUUGCGGAAAAGUUUGACCUCCGUACCACCAUGCUAUACAUUUGUGAACGGCACUUCCAAAAAGUAUUAAAUCGCAGCUUAUUUACUGGUUUACGUUCCAUCACUCACUUUGGAAGGCCGCAGUUCGAGCCAUUUUUCCUCUCUCUUCAGGAAGUUCAUCCAGAGGUUCGAAAAAUUGGAGUUUUCAGCUGUGGACCCCCAGGAAUGACAAAAAAUGUAGACAAAGCUUGUCAGAUGAUCAACAAGAAAGACCAGACACACUUUACUCAUCACUUUGAAAAUUUCUAGAUUGAAGCAUCUAGAACACAUACAUUUGCCAAUAUUCAUUUUAUGCAUUUCAAAUUUGCUUAUGCAUUUUUAAAAAAAACAUUUUAUCAACUGCACUUUUAUCAUUGUAUUAGUAUUAACAUGACAGCAUUCUAGCUUCUGCUCUGGCUUUUUGCUUGUGACAGACAUGUUCAAGAAUCUAUGUAAACCAUUGAAAUGGGUCAGAUAUUUAAAUAUCUAGAAUCAGCUGAUAUAUUAUUUUUGUUCAGGGGUGAUAACCUGCACAUUUUGUGUUACAUAACCCCAGCCUACUGCCAUGGGUAAAACAUA